ACGUAAUGAAAAAUUUAAAGCAUAUGCAGUAAAAAGGUUCUCUUUUAUUAUUCAUAGGCUUCAACAAAUGGUAUUCAAUUAAAAAAUUCAAAGUUUGACUCACCACAUAAGUCAUAGUUUCAAUUUUACAUUUAUAUCACGUGACAUUAAAUAAUUAACUAUUUUGAUGUAUUGUUAUUAAAAUGAACAUUUGUUCAUAAACCGGCGGCAAUGAUAUACUGUAUAUAUAUAUAUAUAUAUACGUGUAAUUUAAUGUGGAGUCCUUUGUCAGACAAAACUGUAUUUCGACUUUCAACAUGAAAUUGAGUUCCAUCAGUAUAAAAGCAUAUGUAUAUAUAAUAUUUUGCAGGUUGAUUGUAGGCUUAAAACAAGACCGGAAGCUUAUAAAUGUUGCUUCGAAGGUGAAUGGCGCAACGUGUCAGGCUUCUGAUGAACAUACACCAUUAGCAUCAUUUAAUUAUAGAUGCGAAAAUGUUUUAGAACCGGAAUGGGUGAACAUUGAUGACUGGGCCCCAAGUUGUCCCAUUAAUGCUUGCCAACAGAAAUGGAUUGAUAUAACAUUUAAAAAACAAUACAAUAUUGCUGAAAUUUGCUUUAUUCAACGAAUUGUUUCAGAAGAAUUCCAGCUGACAGCAAUCGAAAUUAAUAUCGAUUCUUAUUCAAAGACCUAUCAUAUAAAUAUUGAUACAGAUUGUAUCCUAUUAGAGGAGGGAGUCGGUCUCAAUAUUAACAUCAUCAAAUUUAAAGCUAAAAGUUGGAAUCCAGCAGCCAUUAAUAUUGGUUAUAAUACAAUUUUUGCAUACAGUUAUGAUGAAGAUAUAACAAAUACUGUUGAAGAUCAUCUAAUCAAUAUAGCUGGUCUUGAACUAGGAGCCACAUGUGAACAGUCUAAUACUCAUAUUAACUAUGAAUGUACCAGAGCAAUUGAUAGAGUUUUUAGUCAUGAUUGGGCAUCAAAUUGUGGACCAAAUAAUCGUGUUGGUACGCAGGAUUGUCUUAAUCAAUAUAUUAUGAUUACAUUUGCGUUUCCUGUUCAACCAGUCCAGUAUUGUUAUAGCAACAGGUUUAAUUAUCCUCAUUUUGUCAAGAAGAUGGAAAUUGAAUGGAGUUCAGGUUUUAUCGACACGUUGGACAAUCUUCCGGAAGAUAACUAUUAUCAUUGCUUCAACUAUACUCAUAGACCAACUAUUGAAUAUUCAGUUAAAGCUAUUAUUAAAGAAAUGUAUACAACUAUUGACAUUGGAUUUAAAUUUUUUAAAGUUUUUGCUAAAAAGAUGGAUGGGAAUAUUUAUAAUAUACAAUUUAUCAAUGAUGUUGUCUAUCAACUACCUCCUCAUCUUCACAGUUAUGCCAAGUCUGUUAAGUUCAAGGUCAAAGGUAAUAGUAUGGGAAAUUCGAAGGAUUGCUCAUCUCUAGUUAUCAGCUUUAAGAAUGAAACAACAAAGCAAGUUGAAUUAAGACUUGACACUGUUUUGAAUAAUAUAGAAAGCUCCUCUGUACAUGUUGCUGGAGAAAUGUUCGAAUUUGGGUCAUAUUCAUCCCUAGUCAACUGUAAUAAAUGGAACCAUUUUUGGCUUUCAUGGUCCAAUAAUGAGAUACAAUUUGGUUCAGGUAGAGCCUAUGGUCAGAACAUUCUGAUAAGAAUACCAUCAUCAACACCCUUAGACAUAAGGCAGAUUCUGUUAAAAAACUCCAUGGAGGAUAUCUCAAAUCUGGUUCAAAUAUCAGAUAAAGGUUUGUAUACAUUAUAUUUAAAAAUGGCGAAAAAUUUGCAAACUGAGAAACGUUUUGCAGAGGGAAGAAAUCUACAUUCGAAAAAUUGCGCCAUUGAAAAAGAUUAUGAUAUUUCCGAUGGAUUGUUGAACACGUGUAUCGCCAUCAAAUCUCAGAGAACAACAUUUAACUAUAAAUUGAUGAAUCGAAAACAAGCAUUGCUAAAUACAUCCAAUCUUGUACUAGCUUUCAAGAAAACCCAUCAAUUGACUGCCAAUUUCGAUGUAUACACAACUUAUUUGAUGGAGAAAACUGGUAAUGAGAAAAUGAAAGAAUGCCUACUGGAAAAAUUUAUUGAUAAGACUUCAUUUCUGUUGUAUUAUUUCCACUGCAAAGAUCUCGAUACAAGUAUAACGGAUGUCCUUGACAUUCAUAUAUUUGUUGAAAAAUCUAUUGAUAUGAGUAAAUUGUACUUUUGCGAGUUAUUUUACGAUGAUUAG